UUUCGUGAUCCCACAUCUUCGUUAUCCUCCCUCCUCUCUCUCUCUCUCUCUCUCAACCGCCUUUCUCCUUUUAUUCUCCGCCAAAUCCCUCUGUCCGUCGCUUACUGUGAAAUCCGUUUAAACAAAUCUCACACUGCUGCUUCGCUUGCGAUACGAGAACCGCACUCGUCACUUCCGGCAGCUUUGUUUCUCGACACCAGCAUUUAUUCUUCUUUUAGUUUCUGUAAUUCAAUUUGGUGAAUUGAAAAUUUUAGGGUUUGGAGAGGCAUGAGGCUGGAGGAUGAGAUUGUACCGUUUCAUAGAAGCGGAAAAAGAGGAGAGGAAGAAUAUGUAGGAGGAGAAGAAGAGGAGGAGGUUUCUUCUAUAGAUGCUGGGUUUUUUCCCCCUCCUCCUCAUAAUGCUCUUCCUGUCCAGAGAAACGUUGUUGUUGGUUACGCUCUUACCUCCAAGAAAGUUAAGAGCUUCUUGCAGCCAAAGCUCGAGGGUUUAGCUAGGAAAAAAGGUAUAUUAUUUGUUGCAAUUGAUCAAAAUAGGCCCCUUUCAGAACAAGGCCCUUUUGACAUAGUGUUGCAUAAGCUAACUGGAAAGGAGUGGCUACAGAUUCUUGAGGACUACAGAAGGACUUAUCCAGAAGUCACUAUUCUUGAUCCUCCAGAUGCUAUUCAACAUUUACACAAUCGCCAGUCUAUGCUUCAGUGUGUUGCUGAUAUGAAUCUUUCGAACUCCUACGGUAAAGUAGAUAUUCCCCGGCAAUUAGUCAUCAAAAAAGAUGCAGCAUGCAUCCCUGAUGCAGUCACAAAUGCUGGGCUGAUGCUACCAAUUGUUGCGAAGCCACUAGUUGCAGAUGGGAGUGCGAAGUCGCAUGAAUUAUCACUUGCUUAUGAUCAGAACUCCCUUCAGAAACUCGAACCUCCCCUAGUUCUUCAGGAGUUUGUUAACCAUGGAGGUGUUCUCUUCAAAGUUUAUAUUGUAGGAGAGACUAUUAAGGUGGUCCGGAGGUUCUCUUUACCUGAUGUCUGUAAACGGGAACUCUGCAAUAGUGCAGGUGUCUUCCGUUUUCCACGUGUUUCUUGUGCCGCAGCAUCUGCAGAUGGUGCUGAUCUGGAUCCUGGUGUUGCUGAGCUUCCACCACAACCAUUGCUAGAGAAACUUUCAAAGGAACUUCGUCGCCGACUGGGUCUGCGGCUGUUUAAUUUGGAUAUAAUCCGAGAGCAUGGGACCAGAGAUCAAUUUUAUGUCAUUGACAUCAACUACUUUCCUGGAUAUGGGAAAAUGCCGGAAUACGAGCAUAUAUUUACAGACUUCCUUUUGAGUCUGGGGCAUAGUGAAUACAAGAAAAGAUCCUUCUAGGAACUGUUGGGAUUGUUUUGACAUAAAAGCAUAAUGUAGUUCCUGCCAUUGGCUGGAGGAGGGCAUGUGCAGAAUGCAAAGGGUCCCAACCUUCGACCUCUGUAACUAAUGACUUGCUGGUAGGACCACAAUGCUCACAUCUUCCUGAACCUCAGCGCUGGAUCAAUUCCCUGUCGUUCGGAGGUUUUAUGAGCAGUUGGUGAAUUGUUAGCAGACCCCAUCUCUUAUUGUCUAUAUAGGCAUUCCUUUUGGAGGAGCAUCCCGCUGACAUGUACUUUAGAACUUGUAAAAUAUUAGAUCUUACAUGUUUCUUCUAACCCAAGUUGCUAUUUACGUUUUUUGAUUCCUGCUGUUAUAGAAUUAGAAUGCAGGUAGCUGGUCAUGUUACAAGGUCAAAGCUUAAUGAUUUUGGUUUUCACAAAAUGGGCAUGUAGUUGCGAAUAUUAUAUUGAGUUUUAUUGUAAAAUGAAUUCAAUUUACAAGGGAUAAAA